AUAAACUUCAAUCUGAAGACGGAGGUCGGCGUCGCCAUUUCCCAGGAAGUGAGCACCACCGCCGGCCGAGCACAGAUAGUCGUUAGAGAUCGUAUCUGGUGGCCAGGACAUCAGAAGCAAGAUAAAUCUGCUGAAGAGAAAUUGACAGCAGAGAAAAGCAUCAACAGUUUGGCUGUUAUUCCAUGGGUUGCUCCCCAAACACUCAUGAACUCAGAUGGACAAGCCACAGCGUGGUCAGAAGCCAUGGAGGCAGAAGAUACUGUCCCACCGGGAUUCGAACCCAGGUCGCUGGAUUCAAAGUCCAGAGUGCUCACCACUACACCAUGGAACCGACUGUUGAUGCCCAGUUUAGUUCUUCCCUUUGCAAAGAACAACCAGAUCAAAUCAAGAACAGAGGAUGAGAUCCCAAAAGAAGAGGGGGAAAACCCUAGUCCAAAGAUUUUGGGGAUGUGCUUAAGCUUACUAGACCAGCUUCAUAGAGAAAAUUCUCAGCAAGUCUGA